AUGGCGGAAGACGGUCUCAACGACUACGAGCGCCUUCGCCAGGAGAACAUCCGGCGCAACCAAGAAAAGCUUGCCCCCAUCCGCCGCAAGGCCGACGAGCUCUCCGCCCCCAUCCGGCUCGCUAAACCUAAGCGACCGUAUCAGGUCAGGCCCAAGGCCCCGACGGGCCCCGUCCGCUCCUCCGGCCGCGCCCGCGGCAUCGCUCCCGACAACCUGCCCCCGGAUCUCAGCCUCACACCCUCGCUCGCCUCCUCCAUCCUCGGGGGCGGGGCUGGGACCAAUGUUCGUGCGGCGGACGACUUCAAUGCUGGGAGGGGCAUGGUGCUGAUGCGCGCACACGUGAGAAACGUGGUGCCCUGUAGCAUAGAGUCGAUGCGGGUCCUCCCGCUCGCCGACCAGACCGUGGUGGCGGCGGGGGACAAAAGGGGGAAUAUCGGGUACUGGGACGUCGACGGUGUCUCGGAGGAUGCCGACGGUGUGGAUGGGGUCGUCUUCAGUUAUUGGCCACACAAGUGCCCUGUGUCAGCAAUCGUGGCGCACCAGGUGGCACCACACAAGUUUUACAGCUCUAGCCAUCAGGGUGAAAUUUGUCUUAUGGACUUUGAGAAGGAGAUGUAUAGUAUGGUUCAUUUAAGGGAGUGGCCUGUUUAUUCGCUUUGUCAAGCACAAAAUAGUGCCCGAUGCCUAUAUUUUGGUGAUGAAAAGGGUGGCCUGACACUUUUCGAUGAGCGUGAGGGUAAGGUGUUAACUACAUGGGAUGUGCAUGAGGAGAGAAUCAACUCAAUAGAUUUUCAUCCGGAGAAGCCACAUAUGCUUGCUACGAGUUCAACGGAUCAAACAGCCUGUAUAUGGGAUGUGAGAAAUAUAAAAAGGAAGGAGCCAGAUAGCCUGAAGGUUUUCAAACUUGAGAAAUCUGCUCAGUCAGCUUAUUUCUCACCUAGUGGCCGCAUGUUAGCAGUAACAAGCUCCAGCUCCAGCAUUUGUGGUACUGUCCGAAUAUUUUGCGUGGAUGACUUUGAAAAGUCGCAUAGUGUGGAGUAUAAUAACCAGACAGGCAUUUGGCCUUCUGCAUUCAAGGUAAUCUGGGGCUGGAACGACACCGACCUAUAUGUUGGAAACAUGAGCAAGGGAAUAGACAUUAUCUCAGUUGAUGUCAAUGACAGUGGCCUCUCUGUUCAGAACAGCUCAUAUCUUAGGAGUGAACACAUGACAUCCAUUCCAAACCGGUUUUCUGCACACCCAUAUAAAGUUGGCUAUCUUGCCUGUUCAAGCUGCACCAGCAAGGUGUACCUUUGGACCAGAGCUUAA